UCUUAAUCUGUCGCCGUAUGCCGCUGGUGCCACAAUUUAGUUUCGGUAUUGUACACGCGUAGUUUGCGACCCCUUUUGCGGUGGCGAGGCCAUUAUCUGAAUGGAAAGGCGGCACAAUGCGACGAAUAUGGAAGUUUAUAUUGACUGUUACCUGUACCAUGCCUCCUAUGACUUCGUUAUGUUCCCUUUUGGAUUUAUCGAUAUUCAAUUGCGGUUUCCAUGGCAGCAGACCGCUGUGUUGCCUUUUGAAUACAAACUGGAGACCUGCAACUGUCCAAAGUGGUCCCACAUCGCUCCCUAUCACUGUGCCUCUGAUGUAAACCUCAGAUGAGUGCGAAGUGACUUAAUGCGAACUCAGCCAGCAGCCGGAAUGUAUCAAAAGCAUCGAAGCAUCGUGACCAAGGGCAGCGUAUCGGCAAUGCCCAAUAACUUGACCUGUUGCACCGAAGGCGGGAAAGUCAAUUUAGGCUUUGUGAACAAAUCGCAAGUCAUCGUUGUCUCCAAAUCACCGGAUGGCACGUCUCAUCAAAGCGAAGUCACGUGCAAGGACGUUGGAAGCAGUACUUGCGCUACCCUCACGCAAGCUAAGUGGGUCAAGACUGGGAACGGCAAGACCAUUCUUGUCAUAGCGUCAACGAAAUCGGUUCAGUUCUUCCACUGGGACGGCUCCGUGUUCCUGUUGUGCCACGCCUUGCCGCAAGAAUUAGACGCGACCGAAGCUACCUUCGCCCGUGGGAUCGGCACAUGUGGUCCAAGCUUGAUUUGCGUCGGAACACAGUCCGGCGCAAUAUUGGUUUUCCUCGUAUCACGUGACGAAAGCAUUAGUUUUUGCCAAAAAACCGACGAGCACGGCACGCCCAUCACAGACAUCCAUGGCUUUGAAGGCAGCAUGGCAAGCGGAGACGACAAAGGAAGCAUAUGCUUCUGGAAUGGCACAACGGCAUUGACCAAAGUUCAUAAGGUGGAAGGUGCAGGCUGGCCAUGCGUAAGCAUUCGCGUGUGGCACGACCUCGUGCUUGCGGGUUACGCCUCCGGUCAUCUGCGAAUAUUCAGCAGCGAAUCGUGUCAGAUCGUGACUGAAGUAACUGCCCACGCAAGGUGGAUUUCUGCAGUGGAUAUCGCCCCCGACACUGGACUGGCAUUAACCGCGUCCGAAGACUCGUUUCUUCGUGUGUGGAAGCUUGAGAGGGAAGGUGAUUCCACGGUGCAGCUCAAGUACACAGCGACCGUUAGCUGCUCUCAGCUCAUGGGAGCUGCAUUCCUUUCGUCCGACGGCAAAACAUUUGCAGUAACUGCAUACGACUCAUCCGAAGUGUUUUGCUUUAAGCAAUGACCUCACUUUAGUGACCCUAGUAUUUGGCACAUUUUAUUUGAUCCUUCCAGGUUGCUUAUCAUGCAGUUAUGAAACCGUAGCUGCAAUAUAAAAAUAUUUUACUGCACACGCAGAGGAAACUGCUUCUAAGUACGGCUCACAUUAAAGAAUGUAGUAUACUUAAGAUUGCUGUAUUAUAAUCGGCAGUCAGGCAGUUUCGUUUCGGCAGUUCGGCAGUUUCUGACAGGGAAAUACCCCCUAAAACACCCGCCUAGAAGGCAGGAAAAGCCAGCAGAUACGGGCAUCGUACAAGAUGAAAAUAUGGCACAAAUCCCUGGUUUCUGAUGAUUGAUAAUUCAUGUUCCUGAAACGGUUCAUGUCGAGAUGCCAGAUAAAGCAAGGCCGGUAACAUUGAUGAGGAAAAGGGAGAAACAGAGGGGAGAAAAGAGACAGAUACGAAGAGUCACACAGCUAAUAAUGAACUAUGCUUCUAAAAUGUCAUUGCCUUUGUCAUUUAAAGCAACCGUCUGGACCAAAAACGAAAGUUGAAAAAAAAAGUGCUAUUAUGUGCUUUCUUAUGAUACUCAGUCACUGUGCAACACACUGUGCAAUUAAAUUUGUGGCCAAUUAUU